AUGGCAGCAGCCAAACUCCUGCAUGACUCUGGCCUGAAUGUGAUUGUUCUGGAAGCCCGGGACCGUGUGGGAGGCAGGACUUACACCAUCAGGAACCAAAAAGUUAAAUAUGUGGACCUUGGAGGAUCUUAUGUUGGCCCAACUCAGAAUCGUAUCUUAAGAUUAUCCAAGGAGCUAGGAUUGGAGACCUACAAAGUGAAUGAAGUAGAGCAUCUGAUUCACUAUGUAAAGGGCAAAUCCUACCCCUUCAGGGGCGCAUUCCCACCUGUGUGGAAUCCAAUUGCCUACCUAGAUCAUAACAACCUUUGGAGGACGAUGGAUGACAUGGGACGAGAGAUUCCCAGUGAUGCCCCAUGGAAGGCGCCCCUUGCAGAACAGUGGGACCACAUGACGAUGAAGGAGCUGCUGGACAAGAUCUGCUGGACGGAAUCUUCGAAGCAGCUUGCUACUCUCUUUGUGAACCUGUGUGUCACCGCAGAGACCCAUGAGGUCUCCGCUCUCUGGUUCCUGUGGUAUGUGAAGCAGUGUGGGGGCAGUGCCAGGAUCAUCUCAACAACCAAUGGAGGGCAGGAGAGGAAAUUUGUGGGUGGAUCUGGUCAAGUGAGUGAGCGGAUAAUGGACCUCCUUGGGGACCGAGUGAAGCUGGAGAGACCUGUGAUCCACAUUGACCAGACAGGAGAAAAUGUCCUUGUGGAGACCCUAAACCACGAGAUGUACGAGGCUAAGUAUGUGGUUAGCGCUGUUCCUCCUGUUCUGGGCAUGAAGAUUCAUUUCAAUCCCCCUCUGCCAAUGAUGAGAAACCAGCUGAUCACUCGUGUGCCUUUGGGUUCAGUCAUCAAGUGCAUAGUUUAUUAUAAAGAGCCCUUCUGGAGGAAUAAGAAUUACUGUGGAAGCAUGAUUAUCGAAGGAGAGGAAGCUCCAGUUGCCUACACGUUGGAUGAUACCAAACCUGAUGGCACCUAUGCCGCCAUAAUAGGAUUUAUUCUUGCUCACAAAGCCAGAAAACUGACCCGUCUUACCAAAGAGGAAAGGUUGAAGAAACUUUGUGACCUCUAUGCAAAAGUUCUGGGCUCACAAGAAGCUUUGCACCCGGUGCACUAUGAAGAGAAGAACUGGUGUGAGGAGCAGUACUCCGGGGGCUGCUACACGACCUACUUCCCCCCGGGGAUCAUGACUCAAUAUGGAAGGGUUCUACGCCAGCCAGUGGGCAGGAUUUACUUCGCAGGCACGGAGACUGCUACACACUGGAGUGGCUACAUGGAGGGGGCUGUGGAGGCCGGGGAGAGAGCAGCCCGAGAGAUCCUGCAUGCCAUGGGAAAGAUCCCAGAGGAUGAAAUCUGGCAGCCCGAACCAGAGUCUGUGGAUGUCCCUGCGAAGCCCAUUACCACCACCUUCUUGGAGAGACAUUUGCCCUCCGUGCCCGGCCUGCUGAGGCUGAUUGGAUUGACCACCAUCUUGUCAGCAACUGCUCUUGGCUACCUGGCCCACAAAAGGGGGCUACUUGUGCGGGUCUAA